GCUCAGGCAGGCGCCAUGCGGGAAGACGAGCCUCUCCUCUGCCCCGCGCCAAGCACACCCCGCAAGCCGUCCCGCCUCAAACGCACGCUACGUACGCUCAGCUCGCCGUUCCGCAGCGGCUCGCCCUUCCACAUCGGGUCGCUCAAGCGAACUGGUUCGGCUAAAUCUUCAGUGUCCGACGGCGAGAUCGCACGCGACGAACGCACUAUGCGUAAGAAAAACAAGAAACCACGCUCCGACGUGCCCGCGUCUACUUCGCGCAGUAGUGACAGUUCGCCGGUUGUCAAAAAAAAGGAAAGUAAGAAAUUGAUCAAGAUAGACUCGACCCGCUCGGAGAGCACCGAUCUAUCACGGUCGGAAACGGAGCCUGAACCACAAACCUCAAAUGUCGCGCAAAUUACAGCAAAUUAUGAACAACUACCUGAAACUCCAAUGGAGCCAAUAUUGCCCAACGAUGAGCAAUCAUUUGAAACGUUAUUGGAGCAGAUAACACAAAGUAAUGAGCAGUCUUCAGGCGCUCCGACGGAAAAGUCCUCGCAUAACAAUGAUGAAUCAUUCGAAAAUUUAAUGAAAGAAAUUACGCAAAGUAAUGACAAAUUUCCUGAAACUCGAUUUGAACCUGUAACGCCACUUGUUGAGCCAGCAUCUUCAACUGAAAUGGAGCCAGCAUCGCCUAAAAAUAUCCGAUCGUCCAACACAGAGUUGGAAGUGGAGUUGCCUGAAAGUGUGACGCCAGAGCAGAUUUUCAGUCCAAUUGUGGUGGAGCAUCCGGUGGCUACCAGAGCGUUUACUAAAGCAGCGUGGCAGAAGCGUGCGCCAAUAACUGAAAUUCAAAAGCCUAUCGAGGAGCCAAGUCCUGAGGGGACUAUGAAGCGGCGAAUCGCUUUUGUGUCACAAUUCUCGAUGUAUCAGACGGAGGACCAUGACGAUGAUGACGACGAGGAAGAGGGGAAGACGGGCGAGGUGGGGUCGCUGGAGGAAGCGGUGGCGCUAGCUCGCUCGCGGCUCGCUGCCGGCGCGUCGCAGCCGCAUUCGCACGACAACGUCGACGCCGAAGAGAAGGGAUACGCGGAGGCGAACAUGCCGGCCUACGGAGACCUCAUCGAACCGGAGAACAAGGCUGGGAGCGACGGACCGUCUCACGCCACAUCGAGUACGGAGCGGCGGGAGCAUCUAUACAAAAUCCUGGUUAUUGGUGAACUAGGUACAGGCAAAACCUCUAUAAUAAAACGAUAUGUGCACCAGUUCUUCAGCCAGCACUACAGAGCAACAAUUGGCGUGGACUUUGCAUUGAAAGUGCUUAACUGGGACGCGAAUACGAUUAUACGACUUCAAUUAUGGGAUAUUGCAGGGCAAGAGAGGUUUGGCAAUAUGACCCGUGUCUAUUACAAAGAGGCUGUUGGUGCGUUCAUAGUGUUCGACGUAUCGAGAGUUGCGACCUUUGACGCGGUGGUGAAGUGGAAGAACGACCUGGAUACAAAGGUUCAGUUACCGGAUGGAUCACCCAUACCCUGCAUAUUACUGGCGAAUAAGUGUGACCAACAAAAAGAAGGAAUAGUGAAUUCACCGACUAAAAUGGACGAAUAUUGUCGGGAAAAAGGCUUCGCGGGAUGGUUUGAGACGUCGGCCAAAGAAAAUAUUAACAUUGAAGAAGCAGCCAGAUCUUUAGUUAAUAAGAUUCUUCUUAACGACAAACUGCUUCAGAACAACGACAAGGACGGCGAAAGGAUCGCACUGGACCACAAGAUCGCAAAUGGCGAGAACAGUCGAGACCUCGGAGGGAAUAAAAGUUGCGCCUGCUGACCAUUUGCAAACAGACAAAAUUCACCCUUAUUGUGCAACUAUGAAGAUCAAGAAAAUUACAGAAUAAAUUGAAGUGUCAAAUGAAUUUUGACGGAUAAUUAAUCGGAUAAAAUUGACGCAUAAAAUGUAAUUUGUCAAGAAGACAAAUUACAUUACCUAUCUGAGGUUUUAGAUUCGAUGGGUAAUUUAUCAGUCGUGACAAAUUAUAUUAUCUGUGGAACAAGAUGGCCGCUAUUUAUUGUCUACGUCUUAUAGAAUUGUUUUUAACAUUACCUUUUUUGAAUAUUUUUGGAAAAAUAAGGGACCAAUAAUUGCGUAGUUUUUAUAUUGAAAUUGAUGACGAAAUGAUUUUCGUUUCACAAUAAGGAUGUCUUAUUCUUGCACUGAUUAAACCUCGCUUUAAAAUGAACAAUUUUUUAAAUGAUAGGAUUUAUGAAAUUAUAUUCCAUAAUUCUCAAUAAUGUUAUUUAAAGUUUGAGCCAAAUAUUUUAUAACUACUUCGAUUACAAUAAAUAUGAAUAUUAUUAGAAGUACCCUGUUGAUUGGAAUCUUUAAUUCAUAGGAGUUUUAAAAAUGUUAAUUUGACUUUUACUUUGACAAGUUUUUGUUUACAUAUAUUGUUUCAGAUGGAGGUGAAAUAAAAGUAAUAAUAGUUCCAUAUAAGCCUCCUUGUAAAAUAUUAUUUUAUUGCUUUCUAUCAAUUAUAAUAUUUAAUCUAUGAUUCAUUCGAAUCGAUAUUUGCGUUAAAUAAUUUCAUUGAAGUGUAAAAAGCUUUUUUGACGGCAUUUCUUGUUUUAUCAUAAGUCAUAGCUAUUUUAAUACGGAAACGAAAUUUUAGAUACAUUAAGAAUCUAGUUUGAUGUAAAGUAACGAAACUUUAUGUAUAUAUGACAUUAAAAGUAGUUGUAGUAGUUGUCGUUACCCACGUUUGGAGCUCAAGAAAAUAAUAUUGAG